AUAUAUAUAUGUAUUAAAAAUGCAUUAAGAUUGCUGCUACCAAAAUGCAAACUCUGAUAUUCAGGCUUGCCGCCAUAGCGGUGCCAAUUUUGUCGAUCUUCUUUGUGGCCGCAUUGCUCAGCCACAAGCUUUAUAUAAAUUUGCGCUCGCGUUACAACAUCAAAGUGAAUUGUUGGUUCUGCAACGACAACACACACGUACCUUUCCCGGAGCGCAACAGCUGGACGUGUCCGCUCUGCGAGCAAUAUAAUGGCUUCAAUGCCGACGGCGACUACAAUCGUGAAAUUCUGGCGCAACGUGAUUGCAGCGGACGCCAAUCGAAUCCCAAUCUCUCCAAGCGCACCGAAGCCAGCUGCGCGACUGAACUUGCCGGUAUGAACAACGGCCUGUGCGAUCAGUGCAAUGAGGCGCAACGCUUGAAAAUCGAGAAGCUGGCACAGUUUGAGCCCAAAAGUGAGUCACGCUUUGAGCAGGAGUUGAAGCUUUAUCAAUCCGAGCUGGAGCAAAGGUAUCGUCUGUGCAGCAGUUGCGAGCGUCACGUAAACCAGGUGCUGCACGAGAAAAAGAAAAUGGUACUGGGCUCUAAGCUGCUCAAUUUCAUAAUGAAAGGCGCCGCACUGCUGAAGCAGCCGUAUUUCGAGAAACUUGCACGCGUCCAGCAACAGCGCCGGAUUGCUCGCUAUCAGCUGUGGAUGACGCUGCUCACCUGGCUGAAUGUGGUGUGCCUGCUAAGCAGCCUGCCGGUGGCAACACGCGAUCAGUUCAACAGUCUGCUGGGCAUAUCACUGGCGCAUCCGCUGUACUUCAUCUACUCGCAUGCGCUGACUUUGCUGCGUGUGCUGAUCGAUUUCAUUGGCAAUCUGUUGACGGAACCCGUGUACAUGGCCAAGUUGUCGCUGUACGUCAGCACCUUUGGCAAACUGGUGCUCUACUCGCUGGGCAUUGGCCAACAUGCCACAUUUAGCAGCUGCUACAUCAGUCUAUAUCCGUAUGCAAUGUGGGCGCUCAGCUUUAUAUGCAACAUCAGCGAUGGCUUUCGAUUUACACGCUUCACCCUGCUGCUCGUCCUGUGGAGCGUGCAUGCGAAGCACUCACUGCUGCUCUUCGAUGCCAUUGAUAGCGUUACCUUCCUACUGCUGGCCAGUGUGCUCACCUUGUUCCUCUUGCUGAGCAAUAGGAAACGUUCAAAUUGGUUGGACUACGGGGGAGCACACAACGAGUCCGCUGCCGAUAGCUUCCAUCGGCUGUGCGCCGACGAAUGCAUCAGCGAUGACGAGACGAUUAGCAUGCUCAGCCAGCAGCUGAGCUACAAUGCCAGCAAUAAUAGCAGCACCUUAUCGACCAUGAUACCAAGCACAAAUGAUGCCCGGCGCAAUAACAAUAAUCUGAAUCAGCUCAAUAACCUCAUCAGCAACUCGCAACUGCCACCAUCUGUGCUGUCGCUGGACUCACUGCGUCUGUCCUCGCAGCGUUCACCCGUUAGCCGCAUGGGGCCAUUGCCAGCGCCAUCACUCGCACACACCUGCCGCUCACAGUCGCCCCUUUAUGCAGCGAGCAGCAAUUAUGCCAUGCACAUGGAUCCGCUGCAGCUCGGCCAACCCCAAGGCUGGCAGCAGCGUAACUGUGCACCACAAACCAACUUUCGCCUUGAUCAGCGUCCGAUGACACGGUCAACGAGCAGUUUGCUGUUCCCAUCGCGACUGCAGAUGCAGCAGCAACAACAACAGCAACAGCUCAAUCGCGAGAUUUGUGCCUGGGUGGAUGCCACCAGUGGCAGUCAACAUGGCGAUCUGCUGCGGGAGCCAACCACUGCCAAUUUGAUGGGCUGCUACAAUCGCGAUUUGUCGCCCAACUCCUCGCUCUCAUCCGGGUUUGAGUCACAGCCGGGCAACAAUCAGUUUUGGGGUCCACCAGCAGCAGCAACGCUACAACAGCAGCAGCAGCAGCAGUUGUCCAAUGGCACCAUUAAUGACUCCAUUUGGCCAGAGACGACGACACAGCGGCAGCUGCGUGUGCCGGCACCGCUUCACUCGCCGUACUCCACCCACAGCGAAAUGCAUUUUGGUCGGACCACGGCCGGGCCACAGUCUCAGAGCGAUUUACGUCCGGGUGACUUGCUGCGCAAGUGGAUGAAUCGCAAUGGCAUCGAUACGCAAAAGCGUUAGUCCAAUUAUUUAAAAUCCUGUUACUAAUUAUUACUGCCUUAGUUGACUGCCAACGCGCUGACUAUCAAGAGGCUGGCAGACGAAGCGUGGAUUACAGCCUUAAGAGUCAUCCUCAUGGAUUAUAAAUUACGGAAUUACAAUUAACUCUAGUGGGUAAUAUAAUUUUGGGUACUAAGAGCUGGUUUUUGUAUUCGUAAUAAGAUAUCUUUUAAAAUAUGAAAUUUGUAUAUAUAUAAUAAAUAAUAAUUACACUUUUAUAUAUAUAAUGAUAAUAAAGAUAUUCUGCGAGCAGGGCGUUCCUGAUCGAAA